GUUACUUCACGCCGGGCCUGCUGUGGUUACUGGCGCCUCGGGGCGCCGAGGCCAGGCCUUUCCGCGCAAAUGUCUGUAAAAUAGCUAGGCUGGAGUCUGAAGGGUUUGCAGGCUUUCGCCUUGGAAGAAGUCUGGGAGGCUCAGCAUUUCCAACUCUUUCACCUUAGAGCCCGUUUGGCCAAGGCAAAACCGCCCAGUAACCUGGCUUCCAACGGCCUCAGCAGGGAGGAAUACAGUUUUUUCACCUAUAAUUUGGAAGUGAAGUGAAAUAACAAAAUGAAGUCAGCAAAACAUCUGUCAGCGUCUAGUAAUAAAUUGGCAAAUGUUCCAGAAUUAACUUACAAAAAAAAAGGAUUUACUUCACCUUUGUCACCUAAGCCAAAGGAAAAACAUAGUGCAAAAUUAGUACGUGAUAAACUUGAACCAAUGGUCUUAGGAUCUCCACCAACAGGAGAAUCCAUCGUAAGGUAUGCUUUGCCCAUUCCGUCAAGUAAGACAAAGGAGUUAAUAGCAGAAGAUGAAUUGAUCAGGAAAAUUACCAAACAUCUUAAGAUGGUUGUUUCUACUUUGGAGGAAGCCUAUGGAUUUUGCAUUGUAGAUGGAGAAAAUUCAGUUGUGAAGCCUGAACAUGAAGAAUUAACUUUAUCUGUUGGGGAUGAUCUGAAUUCAUUCUUGGUAUGUUGUUCACAAUUUGCAGCUCAGUUAGAAGACGCAGCUAAGGAAGAACAUAAUAUUUUGGAAUCUCUUUUUAAGUGGUUUCAACUACAGGUCAAUCAGAUGGAAGAGAUAAGUAAAGAUCAAACAUUUUUAGAAGCAGAAUAUCCAGCAGCAGACAAAACAGUCAGUUUAAGCAUUGCAAAUGUAGUAAAGCAGGUGCAAAAACUAGAACAACUGAAAAAUCGUCUUAAACAAAAGUCUGCAUCCUCUUUGAAAACCUUGUCUAAACCAAAGGAUAGUGAAAAAUUACCAGGAAUAUUACAAAGUUAUGAAACUGCACAACAGAUAAUUGAAGAAUUCAUAAAAACCCACCCAAGUGAAGAACUUAUAGAUGUUUCUGCAACUGAUCCACAAAUUGCUUAUUCACUGACUAAUCGAUUGAAUGCCAUAUUGAAAAUGUUUGAAAAACAGUCACUUAUGUUAGAGAGAACUAUGAAUGAUCAGAAUUUGUUAGAGGAUAAAUACAAACAAAUGCAAAGUAAUUUUGAAGAGUUACUAGAGGAGAAGUCAGUGCUGGAAAAUGAACUCCAGAAGUUGAAGAAUACAGAGAAACCAAAGUCUACGUAUGAUCGGACAAAGAAAACUAUGAAAAUGGAAAAGAAAAAAGACAAGAGAAAAUCUGAGGAUACACAAGAGAAGAAGUUUCUAGUCAAAGAUCUUAAAGGAAAAGAAGAUUUGCUUCAAGUUCAGAAAAUCAAUAAGAAGCUACAGCUGCAGAAAUUAUCCACCAUUAUGCCUGAGAAAUAUAAAGUAGCAUUUGCUCUGGAAGUUGAGAACAAAGUCCUUCAGGAACAACUGAAAGAGGCUUUACAGGAAGCUGAAAGAUUUAAGAAUCAACUUGACUAUUUCCUAAACCAAAGGAAAGAAUUACUUAAAAAUGAAGGGAAGAACAAGACAAUGAUGGAAAUGGAUAUUAGCAAAAUAAAAGUUGAAGAUUCAAAACAGACACUAUUGGAGAAAGAAACAAGGAAAUCACUAGUUACAGAUUCAGGUAGACAAAAGACAAAUGCAAAAAUCCAAGAACAUUCGCAGAUCUCAGUUGUCACAAAUGGAAGCCCAACUGACAAAAGCUCAGAGAAGAAAAGAGCUAGCUCUGCUAUUUCAGAUCUUUCACAGAUCCUAAAGUCUCAAGAUGGAUCAGAUUUUUUAAGGAAUUCAAAUGAAGUUUCAGCUGACAAAGACCUAUCCCAUAUGCUUCCAUUAAAGACCCAUGAUAAAUUAUUAACAAGAUUAUUGUCAAACAAAGAGAUAGAAGAUUUACUAUCUGUCAAUACAUCACUUCGAGGGAAGGAAGCAGUAACAGCAUCAUUCAUUUUACCCCCUGUUACUAAAAAAAAGCUAAUGCAUAGUGACAUCUCAAAGGCUGCUGUUGUAGAAGAGAAAUUACAAAGUAAGACUGAAAAACAAACUUACCACAAAGCAAGAGAAUUUCAAGUCUUUGUUUUAAAUCCUAUUUGGUCUGAUAAAAAUAUUGCGACUGCAAAUUUCUUCUGA